AUGGGCAAUCACUAUACACAAGAGUCAAGGUUUAACGCUAAAAAAGCCUGGGUUGAUCUUGGUCCUUCAGAAAAAUCUUCAGGAAUGACAUAUGUUGCACUAAGUAGAGUUAAGAAACUUGAAGACCUAAUGGUAGAACCCAUGACCCUGGAUAGACUGCAAGCACCCAAAAAAAUGUGCAAUUUAAAUUACAGACUUAAAGAAGAAGAGCGGCUAGAUGGUUUAGCCCAAGAUACUUUGGACAGUUUAUUGUAGAAUCCUAUUGCCCUAAAUAUAUUAAACAUCCAAACCAGAUAAAACCACUUUUAACAAUUAGAGUUUGAUUAACCAGAUGUGAGCCUUGAUUCAAGAUAAUGUAAAGGAUACAGAUUUUAACUUGAAAUAAUGGCAUAAAUUGAGUGGAAAACUGCUACAAUGUACAUAACCUUUAUUUAGAAUUUUUAUUUUUUUGUUACAGAUUCUUUGUGGAAAGAAUGUCAAAGCGUGAGCCAGACCUUAACUCGGGUAAGUAUUAUGAUUAUGGGGGGAAGAACAGUAGAUCAGAAUGCAAGGAAAAUGGUGAAUAGGUACUAAACACAGAGACUACAGUGAUUUGUUGCCUAUUUAACAUGAAUCUUUUGAUUUUUUCCUUAGAAUCACUCUGUGGCUUUAUACAUAAUUUAAGCCCUGUAAAACGCUCAAAGAGAACGGAUUGGUUUGAGUUUCAUCUGCAAACAAGUCCUUCCAAAGUACAGCGAGUAGUUGGAUUUAAUAUCCCAAGCCACUCAACCUUCAGUGGACAUAACAAAUCAAAAACCCCUGUGCUGCUGUCAAAUACUAAGAAGAAUGAUUCGAACAAGGACAUUAUCUUCAACCAACAGUCAAUUGUAAGGUCUGCACCAGCGUUCGACAUUGACUUUGAUUAUUCUCCAGACAUUGCUGCAUCUGAGUCAUCCUCCUCUUCAGUGCAACCUGCUACUACGAUCACUCUGGAACAGGUACCAACUCUAAAGAUAAACCAGAAGGUCAACGUCACAGCAACGAUUUCAUUGGGCAGUGAACAACCUAAGCCGGUUGAAGUGAAAUCCACACAAAAAGAUGACGCUCGUCAAAGAGGAUUGUGUCUUAGAAGAUGA